CAGAUGUGAAAAUGGUUGAAAGUGAACAUAUAAUACUUCCUUAUCUGACAUCAAAGCUAUCAGAAACUUUGUUUCUGUUUCAACAGAAAAGAUACCUGUGUGAUGUAAUGAUAAUUACUGCCAAUGGCUUUAUCCCAGCUCACAGAGUUGUACUUGUGGCCGCAAGUAAAUAUUUUUAUGAUGCUGAAACUACAAGACAUUCUUUUGACUCUAUGGACCCAAACUUCCAUCUUAAUUAUGACAUCGAGGAUGUGAGGAAGGUUGUGAGCUUGCUAUACACGGGUAAAAUGACUGUCAGCAAGUUUAAUGUUGAUAGAGUAGCAGCAAUCUGUGCUGAAUUGAAGCUGAACGAAGCUCUAGAAAAAUGCCUUGUGUUUAUGACUGAGGUUGGUGUUGCUAAUCAUGUGAUGUUAGGGUUAAUUGAUGUUCCAGCAAAAGAUAAAGAAGCUGAAAACAAAGUUGACAGCAAUAUUAUUGAUACCGACAUCACAAAUCAUGAAGGGCAAGGUGUUAAAGUACUUAGCUGUGAGAUUGACAGAGGUAGAUUUUCUGAUGAAACAAGUUUGAAACGGAAAUAUUCUGCCACUGAAAGUGAAAGCAAUGACCAGGAGAGGACUCAGAAGAAGCCAAAAUCUCCUGCUGUAAAGAAAGCAAAGACAAACAAGAUGGUAGCUCCCACUCGGAAUGUGUGCGAUAAAGAGAGUCACCCCACAGAAUCAAUAAUCACAAUAGAGCCCCACUCUGUAGAGGCUUCUGAAGAAAAUAUCAGCUCACAGGAAUCAGUGGAAGUUAGAUUCAACUCGAGUCCAGAACAAGAUGAGAUUGCUGAAAAUUCAUUGCCCGAGUCUAGUACUGAGCUCAAAAGAGAAGAAAAGACUUCCACUGAUGUUGAUGAUGCAGCAACAUCAUCUCAACUUUGUAUGUUUAUGGAUUUAAAUGAACUGAAAGUAUAUCAUUCAAAACCUAUUUAUGGUGAAAAAAUCACCAAACAGUUUGACCCUGAUGGCUCCAUUACUGAGGCCAUAGAAAGGGACCAAGAGUUCCUCAGUGUGGGCCAAGUGGAGAAGAGGGUCAACUGUAGGAAAUGCAAGAUGGUGUUCAAAGACGUGGAGUCACUUGCAGAGCACCGACGGGAAAUCCAUCCAUCCAACUAUAAAAAAGAGAGAUUUGUAUGUGAUAUAUGUAAUGCUAAACCCAACAAUCAUGUCACUCUUGUGGAACACAAAUUUAAGAAGCAUGGAGUUGCAUAUGACAAAACCAAGUAUCCUAUUUACAAGUGUGAGGAACAGGAUUGUGAGUUUCAAACUAUCGUUCCCUACAAACUGUCGGAGCAUAAGACCACUGUGCACUCAGGCUUGGCCUGUAUCUGUGAGACGUGUGGCCGAGCCUUCAAAAGUAAGAGUGUCCUGAGGUACCACAUCCAGUCCAACCACUCAGGGGUCAGGCCUAAAUUUAUAUGUAACACCUGUGGGAAAACCUACUUCACAGCUCAGGCAUUGAAGAAACACAUGGAGUACCACACAGGGACCCAGAAAAGACUUCUUUGUCAUCUGUGUCCAUACAGCAGCGUAGGAAAGCAGGAGUUAAACAACCACUUGUUGAAGCUCCAUAAUGUCCCAGUACCAAGGAAAACCAAAGUGUAUCAAUGUGAAAAGUGUGAUUACUACUCCCUGAACCGGACCCAAUUCAACAGACAUGUAGCUAUGCAUGAUGGAGGAGAGAAUGCAUUCAAGUGUUCAGAGUGUGAUAAAACGUUCCCUUCUAUGUAUAACUUGAAAAGUCAUGAAAAAAGACACAAGGCAGAGACAGUGAACUGUCCUUAUGAAGGCUGUAAUUUUUUCACGAAGUUCAAACAUAUCCUGAAAAACCAUAUUACAGGAAAACACACCAACACAAAUUUCAAACCAUACAAGUGCCACCUUUGUGAUCACAGCUGUAAGUUAAAAGGGAACUUAAACAAACAUCUAGUGAACAAACAUGGGUUAGAGGUCAUGACUGAGGUUAAACAGCGCAAGAUUGCCUUGGAAACAGGGUAUAAAAUUAAAGAGUUUCUCUAUACCAAGUUUUGUCAAGCUCGAGUAGCCAAUGCUGAGAAGUACCUGGGGUCGCUUUGUGAAGUAAUGGGGUCAAUCACAAGAAAGACGGCCAGGAUUCGAGACAAAGGCGACAUUUUAGCCAAAAUAUGUAAAGACUAUUCAGAUGAAGAGAAUGUUAGUCACUCCCUGAAGGCAGGUCUACGAUUUUGUGCUGAGAACUUAUCUGUGAUACAGGACUACAGGCAUGCUCAAGUACAGAGACUGGAGUCAAAGGUUGUUAGACCCAUCAGUGACUAUGGCAACAUCUGUAAACAAAUCAAAGCUGGUGUGAAGAGGGAGCUAGAUGCUGUCAAAAGAGAGGACAAGAAGAAAACAGAGCUUCAGAAAUUACGCUCCAAAAAUCCCGCAAAUACUCACCAGAUUGCACAGUCUGAUGUUGAGCGAGCCAGGGAGAAUGCCUCUAUAGGAAGUAAACAUUUAGAGGAACAAAUGGUCACGUUUGAGAAAAGGAGGCUUCAUGAUAUUAAAACUGCCAUGUUAGAUUAUUUUAAAGUUCAGUUAGUUUUCCAUGCCAAAGCUAUAGAGUUUUAUUCCAAGUGCUUUGAGAGUAUGUCCCUGGUAGACGAGGAGAGGGAUUUACAGGAAUUUCAGAGGAAGUUGUCGAUGGCCAGAGGAGCCCCGGACUCUGAGGACAUUAGUCAUGCUCUGACCUCAAUGACAUCAACGAACGGUUACUCCGAUACACUUGGCAGCACAGAUCCCUAUACCUCAACGUACGAGUCAACAGCUUCUGAUCAGCGACGAGUACGCAUUAGUCAAACUUCUACGAUGUAUGGUGAUGACGAUGAUGAUGAAGACGACGAUUAUUAUGAUGAUGAUGAGUAUGAUUUAUCAACAGCAAGAUGAAAGUGAGAGUAAAACUGCGCAAGACUAGAUAAUAUCUUCAGAAUUUCUGGACAGUAGUUGGUAGUCAUCUGUAUCAUCUUCAUUGUUUCAUCAGUCAGCCAGUGUACGGAGGAAUUUUUCAUUUCAUCAAAACUGUAGAGUCACCACUAAAAGUCCCUUUUAAAAGAAGUAGAACAUUUGUAUCACAGAGGUGCUUCAAUUGUUUAAAGUGUAUAUAAAUAUAGUGAUAGAGAACUUCAAUCAAAUCUAUUUAAGUUCUUUGUGAAGUAGUUUCACUAUGUUAUGAAGUAGUUAUAAUAAUACACUCAUAACAAACCUCUAGGUUUUUCUCUGAUGAUUUGUUUUUAUAUAUGGGAUCUCCCAUGUUUUGUAACAACAUCAAGAAUAUUAUGCCACUAGAAAUGGUGUAUAAUGAAAUAGAGACCAAGUAGCAUUUGUCGUCUUAAUGAUUUUAUUAAUUUUUAUGAAUUCUACCUUGGUCUUCCAUGUUUGUAAAUGAAAACAUCUUACGUGACAUCAUGAGGCACCUGAAUACAAAGUAAUGGAUAUGAAAAAAUUAACAAAUAAAUGAUAUCUGUUGAAAGUAGAAUGUUUAUCAUGGAAUAAACAUGAUAAAUAGAACAAGUUACAAGUACACUUCAUAAUGCUCCAAUGUUGUGACUGUUAUAUUACAUUGACAUUUUUAUUGGUUAAAAAUUGCCAUGACGUAAUAUUGUAAAACUGUUUAUAUAAAUCUGUGAUAUUUUGUCACAUCUGUCUCGGAUGACCAAAUUUAUGUCAUGACUGAAAUUUACUUUUUAUUUUUAUGUUUAAUUCUAUUUACUAAAUGGUUGAAUUGUUUAUUUUAUUGCUACUGUUUUUAUUUUUA